UUUCCGCUGCAGCAAUCAGCUCCUAGCAUGUUUGCUAAAUGUGUAAAUCCGGCUAAUUGGCACUUUUAAACUUGUUUUCUGACUAAAACUGCGCUCGCUUCGCUUCCUGCCAUGAGAACACCGAGGAACUACGACGCCUCCUGAGUCUCCAAACCGCCGUGUGAGGAUUUAUUGGACGUUUUCCGGCGUGAACAUCACCUCUGCCUGGAGGAAACAUAAUUGGCUAGCUCGGCCUCCUGCCGCCGGAUGGAUCCUCUGGGCGCUCGCUCCCAGUUCGUGGACGUCCAGACUCUGCCCACGUGGCAGCAGCAGCUGGGCGAGGACGGCGAGGAAGCGCCGCCUCAGGACCGCAGCGACGGCCCGCUCGGCCUGCACGACUUCCCGUCGCCGUUCCCCUGCCGGCCCGACAUCAACCGCAAGAUCAUCCUGUUCACCGGGGACGUCGCUCUGCUGAACUGCACCGCCAUCGUGAACACCAGCAACGAGUCGCUGAACGACAAGAACCCGGUUUCAGACAGCAUCCACCAGCUGGCCGGACCGGAGCUGAGGGACGAGCUGCUCAAACUCAAAGGAUGUCGGACGGGCGAGGCCAAGCUGACCAAAGGCUUCAACCUGGCGGCGAGGUUCAUCGUCCACACGGUGGGACCAAAGUUCAAAGCCAAGUACCGGACGGCGGCGGAGAGCUCGCUGUACAGCUGCUACAGGAACAUCAUGCAGCUGGCCGCAGAGCAGUCGAUGGCGUCGGUCGGCUUCUGUGUGGUCAGCACCACCAAGAGAGGCUAUCCGCUGGAGGACGCCACGCACAUCGCUUUCAGGACGGUGCGCAGGUUCCUGGAGAAUCACGGAAACAGCAUCGAGACGGUGGUGUUCGCCGUGUCCGACACAGAGGAGUCGGUGUACAAGAAGCUGCUGCCUCUGUACUACCCUCGCUCCGAGGACGAGGAGAGGACUUUCCUGCCUCUUAUUCCGGCCGACAUCGGAAACUCGGAGGGCGAACCCGUCGUCCCGGAGAGACAGAUCCGCAUCGCCGAGAAACCCGGCAGCCUGGAAGAUGACUGCGAAGAGGAGAACCUGGACCUGGAUCUGGGUCAAGUGGGGACUCACGCCUUCGCUCGGAUGGAGGGCGACGUGGACAAACAGAGGAAACUGAUCCUACAGGGCCAGAUGUCGGAGGCAGCCAUGCAGAAACAGCAUCAGAGAAACUACAGUCGCUGGUUGUGUCGAGCGAGAGCAGAAGAUCUGUCAGACAUUGCUGCCCUGAAGGCCUUAUAUCAAACUGGCGUGGACAUGUGCGGCAGGACGGUGAUGGUCGUGGUCGGACGAAACAUCCCGGUGACGCUCAUCGACAUCGAAAAGGCGCUGCUGUACUUCAUCCACGUGAUGGACCACAUCACGGUGAAGGAGUACGUCAUGGUUUAUUUCCACACGCUGACCGGAGAACACAACCACCUGGACUCCGACUUCCUCAAGAACCUCUACGACAUCGUGGACGCCAAAUUUAAGAAGAACUUGAAGGCUUUCUACUUUGUCCAUCCAACGUUUCGCUCCAAGGUUUCGACGUGGUUCUUCACCACCUUCAGCGUUUCCGGCUUGAAGGACAAAGUUCGCUACCUGGACAACCUGCAGCAGCUCUUCACCUGCAUCAAGCCGGAGCAGAUCGACAUCCCUCCGUUCGUGCUGGAGUACGACGCACGAGUGAAUGGACCCUACCAUCCGUCGGAGGCCUCCAGUCUGUGACAUCAACCAUCUGUGGACCUCACAUUGUGGCCUGAACUCUCGACCUCCCACUUUAAAGCUCUGAACCACAACGAGGGAAACUCUCCUUUUGUUCCGUCUCUGCCAAAAAAAAUGAAAUUAAAAAAAAGGACCAAAUUAAGAGUCGCGGGGCCACGUUUAGAACUGAGCGGUCUUUCCCUGUCGCCACGAACUAUUUGUGGAUCUGGUUUCUGGAUUACGCCUUACACUUAGAGUUUCCUCGAGCGUCCCUAAAUGCGGAGUGUUUCCCAGCGUGUACCGUCUCCGAAUGUGGGUCAGACUUUUACGAAUGCUGGAGCGAGACGGGGAGGAUGACGUCCGUCUGGGUUUCCUCACCACAGCGGGCGGCGGAGGCUCCGAAGCGAAGACUAACGAUUGGUUUCGGUCACCCGGAAGUUGGAAAUUCCCACCUGGUAGGUCGUAAUAACAGCGUCUGCGUUCUCACAACGCCACAAGAGAAACACUAACUUCUGUGGGCUUGUCUUUGACAGAGUAGCUCGCUACAUACCAUAGCAUUAACUUCACAUCACGGGGUUUUCUGCUGAGUGAUUUGGUGAGUAAGUUCAGAUGAGAAGAUCUCUGUCGCUGGUGUGUAAAUGUGAAGCUACAGCCGGGUUAGCUUAGCUUAGCAACAGAGCUGGAAGCAGGCGAGAGGUUCACAUGUGUUUGUAAGUGGAUCUUCUUUAAUUUCCAGCAGCUGUGGCUUCGUAUUUAAACACACGGAUAUCAGAGGGGGAUCUUCUCAUCUGAAAAAUCAAAGCAUUUAUCGCUGUAAGCUGUAAAAAAGUUGAUGCGCUGAGAAUAGGUGUUGACAAAGCGUCUCCACCAAACACAUCAUCAACACACAUUUAACCUGCAAGGAUCAACUUCAAACAUCUGAGUUUAAGCAGAAGAUGCCGAACGUUCAACGUUUCCAGCUGCUCACGUGUGACGAUUAGCUGCUUUUUCCCUCAUUUUUAAAUCUUUUUUUGCAACUUGUGAUCAGCUUUUUUCUCGAUUUCUUGAAACUUUAUUGAUAAACAUCAGAAACUAAUCUAAAAACGUCUUCCUGCUGCACAAGUUGAAGCUGCUCUGACGAUUACAUCACGAAUAACAGUAAAACUACCAACGUUUCUUUCCUUCCUUUCAAUGGAGCUGGGCUUUUUGUUUUUCCUCACGUUGCCCUUUUUGUUUUGUUUGCACUGCUGCUUUACUUUCACCAGUUUGAUGUAACUCGGAGCGAAUCAAAUGCACCGAAAUAAACCCCAAAAACAUUCCUGCGAUUGUCUGAAAGCUUCGAGCGUCUUUGUGCAGCAGCUCCGUCUGUCUGGUGCCCCGAGAACAAACACUAUCACAGUAAACGUUUGACUGCUGGUUUCACCCUCCGGUUUUAGUUUUAAACCCUCGUAGCCGUUCUUCACUAACAACUCAGCACAUCCGACACUAUCAGACAGGGUUCGAGGUUCCUCCAGCGCCGACCAACAAUCAGCCUGCAAAGGAAACGACAUUAGUCUGUUUUUUUUUUCUUCGUCUGAGUAAAAGGUGGUGAGAUUAUUCCAAGAAGUUUGUUGCUUUUACAAAAAAAUGGCGACUUAAAAGUGUCAUAAAUGUAAAAACAAAAGAAAGAAAGAAAGAAAUGGAGCGUUUGAGGAAACCUGGUGCUUCGGGUCACUGAAGUCUUCGGCAUGAACUUUAUUAUUGUUGGAACUGUGAUUAUCUCAGAAUGUAUGUAAAUGAGCCAAAUCUUCUCGAAAAUGUAUAUAAUCGUUGUUGGGUUUUUUAAACACACACACACACACACACACACACACACACAUAUAUAUAUAUAAAUAUAUAAAUAUAUAAAUAAUUUGAAAGUGAUGGAUGCAGGUUGGUUCAACCAGAACCAACCAGUGACUUCGUUAAUGUUCACGUUUCUUGUACCGUUAAGUUUCAUUUCGUUUUUUUGGUGUUUUUUUUUACAAUCUGAUUAAAAUGUUAAAUCCUC